UUUGAGCUGUAUCGUACCUUCCUUUGGUCGUGUUUAUUAAAUUAAUAGUAAAAUUACUUUAAAAUGAAGCUUAAUAGUUUAAAAUCAAAUGGGGUGUAAUAUGUUGUGUCUCAGUAACCAGGAAUAACAGCAGCAGUUCGGUGUGUGUUAUGCGUAUGUGUGUGUUUAAGUAUUGUCACACUUACUUACAGGAACAGUUGGGCGUCAAGUUAAGCUUUAAGAAGCAAUGGACCCGUUAGAGUCCUCAGGUCCUCAUGUGUUAUCAGGCAGUAACCCCAGCGUUGGACAGCUGCUUCUGAUGAUGAGGUGACCUGAGAGCCGCGGUGAUGGAGAACCUUUGGUAUGUGGCUGGGACCAUUUUCCAGCUGUGGAUGUUUGUGGUGGUGUUCUUCAUCAUGCUUCCUGCCAUGUUCGGCCUUUCUCUGGGGGUCACCGAAGUCUACAUCCAGGUUCUGGUCAAAAUACUUGAGUGGGCCACGUUACGCAUCCAGAGGGGCCGGCAGGAGCAGCCCAGCGCCCCAAUGCCUCUGCAUACAGGGAUCAUAGAGCGAGUCGGGGGGUCCAUGGAGGAGGAGAUGUGGCAGCUCCGGUGCUCUCAGCCUGAGGCGGCGGGGGCUUUCUGUUUGAGCGAUGGUGUGUAUUUCUGUAAGAAGGGUCUGGAGAGCAUUGUGGAGGACCAGGUCACGCAGAGAUUUUCCUCAGAGGAGUUGGCUUCCUGGAACCUUCUGACCCGCACCAACCAAAACUUCUACUACAUCAGCCUCCGCCUCACCAUCAUCUGGGGCCUCGGAGUGUUUGUGCGAUACUGCGUCCUCUUACCCUUCAGGAUUGCUCUGGCCUCUACCGGUAUCUCCUGGCUUGUGAUUGGAACAUAUGUGGUUGGAUUUCUGCCUGAGAGCAGUGCAAAGAACUGGCUGAGUGAGCUGGUCCACCUGACCUGCUACAGGAUCUGUGCCAGAGGACUGUCUGCUACCAUCCACUACCACAACAAAAAAAACAGGCCUCAGAAGGGAGGAAUAUGUGUUGCGAACCACACCACCCCCAUCGACGUGGUGAUCCUGGCCAAUGAUGGCUGCUACGCCAUGGUCGGACAGACUCAUGGAGGUCUGCUGGGGAUCCUUCAGAAGUCCAUGGUCAGGUCCUGUCCCCAUGUCUGGUUCGAGAGGUCGGAGAUGAAGGACCGGAACACAGUGACCAGAAGACUGAGACAUCACAUCGCUGCAAAGACCAAACUUCCCAUCCUCAUAUUCCCUGAAGGAACAUGUGUCAACAACACCUCAGUCAUGAUGUUCAAAAAGGGAAGCUUUGAAAUCGGAGGAACCAUUUAUCCAGUAGCUAUUAAGUACGACCGUCGCUUCGGGGAUGCUUUCUGGAACAGCAGCAAAUACAACAUGGUUAGCUACCUGCUGCGCACGAUGACCAGCUGGGCCAUAGUGGUCAAUGUGUGGUACCUCCCUCCCAUGAUCAUACAGGAUGGAGAGGAUGCAGCUCAGUUUGCCAACAGAGUCAAGUCUGUCAUUGCUCAUCAGGGAGGACUGCUGGACCUGGCGUGGGAUGGAGGACUGAAGAGAUGCAAAGUGAAGGAUUCCUUGAGGGAGGAGCAGCAGAAGAUGUACAGCAACAUCAUAGUGGGACAAAACCACGUCAGAACCACAAAAACAUGCAGUGAGACCAGAGAGGAUCAAUAAUGCUGGAUCAAUGAAGAACAUGUGAUCAGCUGUAAGCUUGGAAACUGAUGAAGUAUCAGAUGCUCCAGCUGACUGCUCCAUCGGGGAGGACUGUGUUAAUAUUCCACCAGGCUUUUGUUUUCAUUAAAUGUUUUGUAUGUACUUUGUGUGUGUGUUCGCGUCCGUGCAUGUGUGCAUGCGUGUGUGUGUGUGCAGUAAUGUCCAUCCACCAGCAGGGAGCAGUGUGUGAUAACACAGUCUUUCUGUCUUGCUCCUCCCUGGAUUGGAGGACAUGUCCUGUUUCUCUUACAGACAGUGUCACCACGGUGACAGUGUUCUUUCUGUGAGAAUGUGGGAUGUUAUUUUUAUAGAGAUGUAGUUAUAGAACAGAAAAUAAAAUAAAAACAUUUCUUAUAACAAAUAGAAACUUAAAGAUGCAUCAUUCACUGAAAGAUUCUACAUUCAUUGGUUGAUUCUUUUAAUAUUACAUUUUCAUGCGAACGUCACAUAUUUGACGGUACUUCAGCACUGAUUCCUAUCUGCAGGAAUGUGGAUUGUGGAUUUUUUUUUUUAUGACUUCUUUCCUUUUUCAUGAUUUUCUGUACAAAUUAAAGAGAGUAGUUUUGACUUUCA